AAAAAAAAAAAAGGAAAAGUCACGUAGCACUUCAAAUUGCUCUCCUUGUAGUCUUCCAUUAUCACAAUUAUUGGUGCAUCUCCCAAUGCCAAAAACCCUAUUAAAGGGAAUAAAUAAACAUUGAAACCUAACAAAAAAAAUGAAUUAAAAAAUCAAAACAAUGCUGAACAAUUUAAAAAGGAAAAGGAAAGAAAAAAUUUUAAGAAGAAAAGAGAAGCGUGAAAAAUGGAAAAGAUACAGCAGAGCUCUCGGAUCUGAACAGGACGUUGGUGGAGAAGUAUAAAUGACCCAACUCUCUCUGACUUCCCUCGCGCCGCUCACUUCUCUAUUCCCAUUUCGCUCUCUCUCCUUCUCCACCAACCGUCUCUCCAGCUUCUCCCUCUCCUUCCACACCAGGGCAAUGGCUUCUCACAUUGUUGGCUAUCCUCGCAUGGGGCCCAAGAGAGAGCUCAAAUUUGCAUUGGAAUCUUUUUGGGAUGGGAAAUGUGGUGCAGAGGACUUGCAGAAGGUGGCAGCAGAUCUCAGAUCAUCCAUCUGGAAGCAGAUGGCUGAUGCUGGAAUCAAAUAUAUUCCCAGCAACACCUUCUCUUACUAUGACCAAGUGUUGGACACAACUGCAAUGCUUGGGGCUGUGCCCCCUAGAUAUUCUUGGAAUGGCGGUGAGAUUGGUUUUGAUAUCUACUUUUCCAUGGCUAGGGGAAAUGCCUCUGUACCUGCUAUGGAAAUGACCAAGUGGUUUGAUACCAACUACCAUUUUAUUGUCCCUGAACUGGGUCCUGAUGUUAAGUUCUCCUAUGCAUCUCACAAGGCAGUGAAUGAAUUUAAGGAAGCCAAAGCUCUUGGAGUCAACACCGUCCCAGUUCUUGUAGGACCUGUUAGCUAUUUGCUGUUAUCAAAACCAGCAAAGGGUGUUGAGAAAUCAUUCUCUCUUCUCUCACUAAUUGGAAAGAUUCUUCCAGUGUACAAGGAGGUUGUGGCUGAAUUAAAGGCAGCUGGUGCUACCUGGAUCCAGUUCGAUGAGCCCACCCUUGUGAAGGAUCUUGAUUCUCACCAAUUGCAAGCAUUUACACAUGCUUAUUCAGAGCUAGAGUCUUCUCUUUCUGGUUUGAAUGUUCUCAUUGAGACAUACUUUGCUGAUGUUCCCGCUGAGGCAUACAAAACCCUAACUUCUUUAAAGGGUGUUACUGGAUUUGGGUUUGAUUUCAUCCGUGGGCCUCAGACCAUAGAGUUGAUCAAGGGUGGAUUCCCUUCUGGUAAAGUACUUUUCGCUGGAGUGGUUGAUGGAAGGAACAUUUGGGCUAAUGAUCUUGCCGCUUCUCUUAAUACUCUAAAAGCUCUUGAAGGCAUUGUUGGGAAAGAAAAAAUUGUUGUCUCUACCUCUUGCUCACUUCUCCAUACCGCUGUUGAUUUGAUUAAUGAGACUAAAUUGGACAAUGAAAUUAAGUCAUGGCUUGCAUUUGCUGCCCAGAAAGUUGUUGAAGUAAAUGCUUUGGCCAAGGCUUUGUCUGGUCAGAAGGAUGAGGCAUACUUCUCUGCUAAUGCUGUGGCUCAGUCUUCAAGGAAGUCCUCCCCAAGGGUGACAAAUGAGGCUGUUCAGAAGGCUGCUGCUGCUUUGAAGGGUUCUGACCACCGCCGCACCACAAAUGUGAGUGCAAGGCUGGAUGCUCAGCAGAAGAAGCUGAAUCUUCCUAUUCUUCCAACAACUACCAUUGGUUCUUUCCCACAGACCAUGGAUCUUAGAAGAGUUCGACGUGAAUACAAGGCUAAGAAGAUCUCCGAGGAUGACUAUGUCAAGGCUAUUAAGGAGGAAAUCAACAAAGUUGUUAAGAUCCAGGAAGAGCUAGACAUUGAUGUCUUGGUACAUGGAGAGCCUGAGAGGAAUGACAUGGUCGAGUACUUUGGGGAGCAAUUGUCUGGUUUUGCCUUCACUGUCAAUGGGUGGGUCCAAUCUUAUGGUUCUCGGUGUGUUAAGCCACCAAUCAUUUAUGGUGAUGUGAGCCGGCCCAAGGCCAUGACUGUCUUCUGGUCCUCAAUUGCUCAGAGUAUGACUUCACGUCCAAUGAAGGGAAUGCUCACUGGUCCCGUUACCAUUUUGAACUGGUCUUUUGUUAGAAAUGACCAGCCGAGAUUUGAAACUUGUUAUCAGAUUGCUUUGGCCAUCAAGGAUGAGGUUGAGGACCUUGAGAAAGCUGGGAUUACAGUCAUCCAGAUUGAUGAGGCUGCUUUAAGGGAGGGUUUGCCUCUUAGGAAGUCUGAGCAGGCAUUUUAUUUGGACUGGGCUGUUCAUUCCUUCAGAAUCACCAACUGUGGUGUUCAGGACACUACACAGAUCCACACCCACAUGUGUUACUCCAACUUCAAUGACAUCAUUCACUCGAUCAUAGACAUGGAUGCCGAUGUGAUCACUAUUGAGAACUCCAGAUCGGAUGAGAAGCUACUUUCAGUCUUCAGGGAGGGAGUGAAGUAUGGUGCUGGUAUUGGUCCAGGUGUAUAUGAUAUCCACUCACCUAGGAUCCCAUCCACAGAAGAAAUUGCAGACCGAAUCAACAAGAUGCUUGCAGUCCUCGAGACCAACAUCCUUUGGGUCAACCCCGACUGUGGCCUCAAGACACGCAAAUACACCGAAGUUAAGCCAGCCCUCAGCAACAUGGUUGCCGCUGCUAAGCUCAUCCGCGCCCAACUAGCCAGUGCCAAAUGAGUUUACUAGUUGGCCUGAAGUAUCCAUCCCUUGUGUCUGGAAGAGGGAAGUGUCCCUGUUAUACUAGCAAUAACCUUUGCUUUGCGGCUUUUGCUGAAAUGAGGAGAGUAUUACUUCUCCUUUCCAAGAUGAAGAAUGAUGAUUACCAGGUUCUUGGAUAUGCCCCGAGGACCCUUUUUUUUCUUUUUAAUUUUUAGUUUGGUUUAAAUUUUUAUUCUUUUUUCUUUGCUUUUUAAUAAAUUUUACUUUGGUAUUAUAUGAAUGAGUAUAAUUUUACUGUUUGGAAA